UACUAUCUUCUUACUCAGUAAUGCACCACACCAAUUCAAUAUAUAUGGUCAUCUUGGCAACCUAACUCUAUCCCUUCAACAUCGACACUUCUUCUCCCAUCAUGGACACCAAACCAAGCUCAGAAUCACAGAUAAUCACCAUUGAUGUUCUAAAAGCUGAUGAUCUUCUCCGCAACAGCAAAUAUCGGUACCUCGACGUCAGGACUGAGGAAGAAUUCAAUAAAGGUCAUGUUGAUUUUAGUGAUGUUCUCAAUAUUCCAAACAUGUUUAUUACCCCUGAAGGUAGGGUGAAAAAUCCCAACUUCAUGGAACAAGUACAGCAAGUGUGUACCAAGGAUGAUAAUCUUAUUGUGGGUUGUCAAUCCGGGGUCCGUUCAGUAUACGCAACGGUUGAUCUUCUUGAUGCUGGAUUCAAGCAUGUAUUCAACAUGGGAGGGGGAUUUGAAGCAUGGGUGCAAAAUGGGCUGCCUGUGGCUGUGGUGACUGGUGACACCAAAACUGGGUUUCCAAGCCCAACAUCUCCUGUGGUGACUAACUGACUGGUGACACCAAAACUGAGUUUCCAAGCCCAACAUCUCCUCAGCCUGCUAAUAAAUAAAUAAAAUAAUGGAGUUUUAAUUUAUUAAUGUUGUUUUAAAUGUUGACGGGUGUUGGUUGCUGGCAAUAAGAAGUAUCUUUGAACAAUAACAAAUGUAUUGUGUUUGUAUAUUUGAAUCAUAACUUGGGUGUAAUUUCGUGUUUCGUUUUGCUUUGUUAUAAAAACAGGGCCGUUUAUGG